AUGGACGGUCACGAGGUGGCCUUCGUCAGGCCGCUAUCACAUGACCCUCUUCCAGGAGACAACACAACCACCAUUAACCUUGGCUACCAGGACCCUGCCGUGCUCUCACUGUAUGACCUGAGAGACAACUUUGAUUCUCUGGAGGACUCGAUCCAGAACCUGCUGUCGGUGCUGUACCCCCCCUUCGAGGCCACCGCCCCCACACUCCUCAGCCAGCUCUUCCACAUCAUUGAUCGUCGUUAUCGGGGAGACGCCCUGCGCUGCCUGCUGGACUUUCUGGUCCCAGCCAAGCACAUCUUAGACACUGUGCAGCAGGCUGCAUGCGCUCAGUACUCUGAUGCACUCUUCUGCUGUGAGGGCUGGCCUCUGUGUUUGCGUGACCAAGUUGUCAUCCACCUAGCUCCCAUCAACCCCCUCAUACUCCUGCCUGGUGACUUUUACCUACAAGUGGCCCCAUAUUGUGACCAAUCCGCUCGCAUCGUGGUGUGCAGCCUCCUGGAAGAGGAAGGGCUUAGAGUGGAAGUAGUUGAGGAGACCCCGAUCCCUGAAACUUCCUACCCUUGUAUAUUCAGCUGUGAUUGGUUAAAGGAGAUCAACCAGGGCCGCCAUGGAACGCCCCUGAGCCGAUGCCUGCUUGCCACCCAGCAGGGAGUGGUGAGGUUACCAUGGGAACGGGUGGCCACGCCUGAUUUGGUGGACGUACCACAGUGUGCUGGGAGUAGUAUGGCCUCUGUUCCUCCUUCAUAUCCUCCUUUACCACCUCCUCUUCCUCCUCCACUUCCUCAUUCUUCUGAGAAAUCUUCGUCGAAUCGUUCAUUUCUUCUUUCGCCUGCAAAGAAAUCUGCACCAAAAGAGUGUAAAGUUAACCUUCAAAAUUCAAUCCCAGUAUCUUCCUCACAUCCCAACGCCUUCUCUGUGGAGACAAGAAUAUGUCCAGGGAAGCACGGCAUCGCUGUGUCUCUCUGCCGGGUGGAUUCCACUGCUGCCUCCUCAUCUAGAGUUGUCAAAGUGAAAGAAGCUGAAACAGAGCACAAGCCUAUUGGCUGGGUUUCCCCAAAUACAUGGGACAGCCGCUUUACUGGGUCAGGUUCAGACACAGCGGCAAAAACAAGUGCUGCUUCAGGUACAAAUACACACAAAGCUGCAGAUAAGAGUCUGAUUGUUUGUGAAAAUAAAGAUACAAGCAGAGGGGAGCCAGCAGGCCAAGCUGCUGCUGAGGGGGAAUAUAUUGAUAUUUUGCAGGCAACUAUGCUUUUUUCUAAAGCUCAGUCAGUGACACAGGAGCAACAGAAGUUAGAUGUACAAAGGCAACCACGCACACAAGUCGAAGCACAAUUGCCAAGAUAUCCACAAGGACGUGGACAAAUGCAACCACAUGCACAGAUGGAGUCUUUCAGGCAAACACAGAGGCAGCUAAACCCACAGACCUCACAACCUCAGGCAAGUUCACCACCUUGGGUGCAGAUACCUACAAAACCACAAACGCACAGUCAUUCUAGAUCAGACGCUCCAGUAUCACGGACACCGAACAUGGCUGCAGAAACAGGACCUCCAUCUGCUCCCCACCAUUCCCACCCUGACUCCCUGGAUCCCUCUCAGUGUGUCCGCACCCUGCACUUCUCAGAGAAACCCUGUACUCCGUGCAUGAAGAGGAGACAAGGCGGACAGGUCUCCCGAACUCAGGAGCUGAGGUGCCGAUACAGGGACUCCUACCAGGCUGCUAUAGAAAACCCUGUCACCUUUGGACAGGAGAGAGAGAGAGGGAAUAUGUUAGCUGUGGUGGAGGAGGAUGGUGAUUUCUCACAGUGUGACGACAGACAGAUGCCACCAGGGACUGAAACAGAGGAUCCAUGGUGCAAUGUACGAGGAAUGUGGUGUGAUCCUGGGAUCCAAAACCAGCCUCCCUCAUCCGUCGGUGGAGCCAUCUGUAAAGAGUCGGGAGAAAAAAACACGGUUCCAUAUUGGAAACCAGGAGAUUCUACCACUGCCCCCCUUAUGGAGUACAGGUGCACCAAUCCUUUAAAAUAUGUCGGGGUAACAGAGCAGCCGGCCGAAAAGAACACUGUGCCAUUCAGGGAAACUGGGAACACACACACUGCCAAACAGGGGAACGGGAAACCUUUAGCAACUGGAGCGAGGAUCAACAAUCAAAUUUUGUCCGAUUCAAAGGAUCCUCAACAGCCACACGUGACCUCUGCCAAACACCAUGGAUUGCAGUGUGGUCCAGGUGAAAUGUCAGGGACGAGCCUGACCCUCAAGCCUCGUGAAAGAUUAAGAAACAGAACCAGUUCCUCUGGGAUGAGUCCAAACGUCACAAAGCCUCUCACAGCGUCACAAAACAGACGAGGAUCCACGUCAGAUGGAAGGUGUUCGUCCCUCUCCACAGCCGUGGUGGACACCUCAGAGAAGUGUGAACUGGUCAUUGUUGAAGGUCAAAAUGUCAGGAGAAGAGAAAAUAAAAGCUCCUGUGCAGAGGUUCCCCAGCUGCAUGUUGUCAAAUGUAAAAACAGCACAGCCUUUGGGCUGGUGUCACCCAAGAUCAACAGGAGGAAGAUGGUCAUUCCAGAUGGUGCUCAGCCCAGCAGUACAUCAUUAACCAGCAGACACUGUCACCAGAGGGAGAACCCGUCUCAGACAGAUCCACCUCCAGCAGCAGAGACACAGAAGAUCUCCCAGCAUGCCUCUGCUCGUCCCAGACCCAACCACCUCCCCCUGGGAUCCCCAGAUCCCAGAGACCACCCCCUCUAUCUGGGAGUAGCAUCACUCACAGGCGGCAGAGACAGGACAGGCCGGGCGAUAGUUGAGCUCUAUGGAGAGCACCCAGGCUGGAGAUCAGCUGUAACAAGCCAGGAGAUCUUCCACAUGCUGCUCUACUUCCACUUGAUCGUCAGGAGGGAAAUCAGAGAAGCUGGGAUGACUCUUGUAUUUGAUGCGAGGAAGACAAACCCUCAGCCACAGCUCUACAAGGCCUUGAUGACGCUUCAGGAGCAGAGUCCACUGGUACUGAACAGUUUGGUGAUGCUGGUGGACAAGGACAGCCGCCUCCGGCCUGAGAGAUGUCCCGGUGUCCAGACGGACAUGGUGACCUCGAUGAAAGCCUUGCUGAAGCUGGUGGAGGGGAGUCAGCUGAGCUCCCGGCUGGACGGCACACUGUCUCACAGCCACUGUGACUGGAUAGAGCUGCACCAGAAACUUUUCCCAUUUGUUUCUGAUCUUCACGAAGCCUCCUGCCUUCUUCUGAAUGCCAUCAGUAAGGUAGAGGAGCCCCAGAGGACAGACACUGUGCAGACUGUGCAGCAGUGCAUGAUGGAUCAGAGGACUCUGAUGAGGGACGUACUGGAGGACAGCAGAUUGGUCGGCCUGCAGAGGGAGGGUGGGGCCAUCUUGGCGAGACUGAGAAGGGAGAGUGACCUCAAAUACCCUCACUGUGAAGACCUCAGUGAUGCAGUAGACUCUGUGACGAGUCUGUACAACCACAUGGAGGAGCAGGCUCAUGUCCUGGUGCUGAGGUCCAACGUGUCCCUGGAACACCUGGAGUACCUGCUGCAGCUCCGGGAGUUGGAGGGACACUUCACCCAGAUGCAUCAUUGGUUUCAUGUAGAAGGAGAGCGCCACCUGCUGGAGGCUGAGUCUGUGGAGGACUCUGGGGACAGAAUGGAGCAGAUCCUCAACAGCUUCACUGGUUUCCUUAUUGAGGCAAAUGACCGAAGGCACCACGCCAUGUUGCUAGUGUCCGAGGCCGAGCGGCUGCAGCAGAGCGGCCACUACUACCCAGAGACGGAGACAUUCAGGACUUUUGUCUGCUCCUUCAAGUCAGGCCUGGAGGAGUUCCUGUGCAGGGCCGAGGCCUGCGGCAGAGAGCUGCAGAUCAUGGUCAACGUGUGUGAUUUUUGUGAGCAGGCAGCAGCCCUGGCCGGCGAAUGCAUUGAUUACCUGGACCUGAGUCAAACAAACUCUCAACAAAACCAACAAGACGGUACAACCACCAGUGCUUCACUGUCAGGCAACGACAGCGCAAUUCUUCAGACUUUUCAAGAGCGGUUUCUCCAGUUCAGCCCGGAGAGGUUUCAGGAGGUGAAGGCUCAGGCCAGCGCCCUGCAGGGCACCAGGGGGAUGCGGGUGUGGAACGUAGCCUGGCUCAGGUGUCAGGAGGCCAGGCAGCAGCUUCAGGAGAGGAUGCAGAGUGUGGAUGAACUGCACCACCAAAACCCAGAGUCGAGCAGCAGUUAUGAGUGUCACUAUGUAGAUGUGGUGAGCACUAAUAUUCAGACGGCGUCACCCGGUGGACAGAAUCUGGUGGUGCAAUCGACCCCUGGUCCUCGGCACCCGCAGUGGGAGGGGAUCGUGUCCGGGGCGGUGGAUUUAAGCAAGAGAAAGCCGAUCAUGGGCAGCAACAGCACUAACUCAACCAAUGUAGCUGGCUGUGUCAUCGUGGUCAAACCUGAGGAUCCCAGUGAUGCUGGAACCAGCCAGGUGUCAAAGGUCCCUCCCCAGUCACCUCACAGAUCAGGAAGGAGACCAGAGAGAGAGGCUAGGAGGAGACAGACGAGCAGAGCGAGGAGAGAGCGGGAUGCUGCCGCCCUAUCCCAGUCCCACACCGUCGGCUGCCAGUGGUUUCCAUGGGCGCGAGGCCUCAAAACGAGGUCGGUGAGCCAAGACUCGGGAUCCACGGGGGCGGCGACGGCAGGGUCCUCCACUCCUCCGGAGCAGCGAGUCCGACCGCCGUCGUCCUGCUCCCACCACGGUCAGCCGUCCUGUCGGAUUCUCAAGGAGGCUCAGAAGUUCCAGAUCUCCCGCCACGGCAGCUUCUGCUCAGAGGACUCCUGUCUGAGCGAGCGGGGGGCUGCAGGUGGUGAUGGGUCUUCAUGCUCGAAACACUCCAGCCUGCCCAUAGGUGGCAGAUAUGAGGGGGCCUUUUAUUUGGCCAAUCCUCAGGAGAGUGCCAGCAAUGCUCUGAGGCUGAGGCGUGUCCUGGAGGAGCUGGUGGUCACGGAGAGGGAGUACGUACGAUCGCUCAGCUACAUCCUGACCAACUACCUCCCCCUGCUGGACAGACCUGACAUCCCCCAGGACCUCAGGGGCAAGCGAGGCGUCAUCUUCGGGAACCUGGAGAAGCUUUACAACUUCCACAGCCAUUACUUCCUGCCAGAGCUGGAGGCCUGCCAGAGGGAGCCGGCCAUGGUGGCCCGCUGCUUUCUCAGACAUAGCGAGAGCUUUGGCCUGUACGCUCUGUACAGCAAGAACAAACCUCAGUCCGACGCCCUCAUCCUGCACCGACGCCACGACAUCUUCAAGAGGAAGCAGCAGGAGCUGGGAGACAUGAUGGAUCUUUCAUCCUACCUGCUGAGGCCCAUCCAGAGAAUCAGCAAGUACAGCCUCCUGCUGCAGGACAUGUUGUCUCUGGCCGGCUCAUACAGACCAAAAGACAUGCUCCAGGACACACUUCUCGAAUCUUCUGUGUGCGCACAAAGCGUCUGUGGCCAGGGUGUGUCUGUGCCUGAUCUGACGAGCAGCGAGAGGGAGCGGGAGAGGUCUGAGAUCCAGGCUGCUGCCGACCUGGUUCGAUUUCAGAUGCGUCACGGCAACGAUUUGCUCACAAUGGAUGCCAUCCAGGACUGUGACAUGAAUUUGAAAGAGCAGGGCCAGCUGAUUCGUCAGGAUGAGUUCACAGUUUUCUUUAGGAAGAAGAAAUGUGUCCGCCGCAUCUUUCUGUUUGAACAUCUCGUCCUCUUCAGCAAGACCAAGAGGACAGAUAUCGGCAAUGAUGUGUAUGUCUACAAGCAGUCAUUCAAGACGAGCGACAUUGGGAUGACCCAUAACUCUGGUGUGAGCGACCUGUGUUUCGAGAUCUGGUUCCGCAGAAGGAAGAGCGAGGACACCUACACCCUGAAAUCCACCAGCAUGGAGGUGAAGAAAGCCUGGACCACCGAUCUGGAGAGGAUCCUGUGGGAUCAGGCCACUCAUAGCAGAGAGCUUCGUAUACAGGAGAGGGUGUUUAUGGGAAUGGCCAGCAAACAUUUCAUGGACAUUAAACCCAGCGAUGCUGCGAUUUGUGACCGAGCCGUCAGCUGUGGCCUGCCUGGGAGAAUCCCUGUGGCGUGUUGUUCUCACAGGGGCGUAGACUAUCCACGGCCUCACUCCAUUGGCUCUGGCAGCACGGCCUCCACCACCCUCAGCCAAUCAUCUUCCUCCUCUGGCCGGGGCUCGUUGCCCCCUGCUGGAUAUCCCGGGAACCAGUCGCAGGGAUUGGACAACGGUCCGGCCAUCUGCUCCUUCCCUGAGGCAGUGACUGACAAUGAACUCAAACAUCAGCAUCUUCAGCAGCAUCUUCAUCGUAACUGUGAGCAGUGGAAAACUCAUCAUCCUCUAUUGGACAGCACCGAGUCAUCUGGGGAAAACAUCAAUGUCUUGAGCAGUUCGGACCCCAGCUGCCUGUCUGCCAUUGGUGGAGAGGCAGUGGAAAACUCCUCCUCCUCGUUCAUGUCCCAGAAUUCAAAGCUCCGCCUACCGCUCAGUCGGACGCCUAGCCUGAGGAGUAACAGCUCACCGGUGAUCAUCAGAAAGAAUUUGGGUGUCGCACCCAAACCUCAGCAUCUAGCUAAUGCCCAGAGUGAAGAAAUUAUAAUCGUGAAAUCAACAGAAGUUUAACCCCGGAUUCCCCACAGAAGAUUUUGGGACGGCUGGAGCCAUUCAGUCCGGCACAUCUUCUGGUCUCUGAGGGAACUGGAGGGCGCUCAGAGAGCAUGUACCUCCACUCCGCUAUUUUGAAAUCGUCAAGAAAGUGAAGAAAAACAAAUCCAGGAUUUACGGCAAAAUUGGUCCGAUCCUUCCAUCCCGUUUCGUGGAAAUCUAGUCUGUCAUUUUUGCAUAAUCCUACUGACAAACAAUCAAUUAAAUCAAAGGACAGGGAAACACAUUGUGUGGCCAAACAGUCAUGAGACACAGCUUUGUGUGGUCACAUGUUCUGGUUUGCAAGCCAUUACAACACAUUACUUACAAUCUUAACCAGUAUUCACAGUAUAUGUGUCUUUGUCCACAAAAGGUGCCUGGGAUCUUUACUGCAGCAGAAAUAUAUUCCAUCCCCAGCCAUUUUAAUAUUGAACCAAGCUGAAGAUGAACCAAUCGGCUGCUACAGCGUGAGUGGAUUAAACAUGAAGAACAUAGUUUAUUGACAUACUCAGCCAAGGAACCUGUUUGUGUGUUCAAGCUAACCAUGUGUUUUAGGUGGUUAGCUGUCAUCUGUUAAAUUUCAAUAUUUACUGACUAUACUGUUGUUUUAGAGUGAAACAUGUUCUGCAUACACAUACAUGAGUAUCAGGUAUAUGUGUCAUGCUACAAUAACACAGAAUGAAAGAGUUUGUGGUCAAGGGAUACAUUAGGUAAUGCAUGUUUUUUUAAUCUUUUGUACUGUAUAGUCUGUACAGUUAGCAAUGGCAACUGUAUUUGAGAGAAGGAGUCUUCAGGUCUGAGACAAAUAUGAAGUGUCUCUUUGUGCUGCUGUGCUACUUUUCAUUAGAUUAACCUGCAGGCGAAGUGUUGCUAAAGAAGCAUUUGUAUCAGCUGGACUAUAAAUGUUUUGAUUACGAGAUCAGAAGGGAAAUUGAGGUUCAGUUCACGGCAGGAGCUGUGGAGUGGUCACAUGCCCAGGACUGGCUGCAGACCCAGACUUCAGGAAAGGAGAAACACGUGUACAGUGGUGUAAUAAUAAAUUGAAAUGAAUUAAAAUAUUAUUAUUUCUACUUUUGAGCCAUUUUUUUCUAACAGUAGUUCUAGAUCAAGAUGGACAGACCACUGGCUCAUGUGUUUUCACAUCUGGAUAUUAACCAUUACAGUAAUUCAUUCUCUUCCUCAAUGAAGCAACACAACAACUUCGUAUUAACAGACAAAAUACGUCCGUUCGAUUACAGGCAAGCACCACUUCCUGUUAUUAAGGGUCCACUAAUUGUUCCAUACUCAUCAAUGUUCCAGCUUCACCCAAAUGAAAAUGACCAUUACAGAAAAGGUGUUUCUCUGAUUAUUUAAAUACAUUUUGUUGUAUUUUGUUUGUUGUCUUUAUUUUUUAACAAGUUAUUGAUGGAAGGCAUAACUUUUAGGGGUUUAUUCAUGCUAAAUGUACAAUAUGCAAAUGAUGACUCGAUCUUUGAUGGUCACAAUGUCGACUUUUAUUUAUUUUUCCUAAUAACCACUGACUUUUAAUGACCUGGAAGAUCCAUGUGUUUUCUGUGCUCUGUAACUCUCUUAAUUUAUGACUUCUUCUGUUUGUGUAAAUGCAGUGACGGUGCAGUUGUUUUUUCUUUCUUUCUUUCUUUCUUUUGUUGGAUUGUUUUAGUGGAAUUUGGAGAAGGUUGUUUGGUUUCUUCCUCUGAACUUUGCACUACCUGUUGGAGGUUAUGUGACAGACUGCAUGAGGAUGUGGCACCAAUGUGAUGAUGCUUCACUUCCUUAUUCCACGGAGUAAUUCUUCAGACAGACGGACAGCUGCAGACACUUGUUUCAAAACUUUUAUUUGCCACUGUGCAGCUUUUUACUUUGGCACAAACACCACUACCAAAAAUAGCAAAUCUGUUUUUUGUAUUCUUUCUUUUCUUUUGAUCUGCAAAGGGAUUGAUAGGAACUGGAUAUAGUCGUGUUGCAGUUGUAUCACCUUUUUCACAACCUCCUCCAGUAAUAAAAAAAAAAAAUGAAAGUGAAAAACUUA